GAUUGGCUGCUGAGGCUCGUGUCACCGCGGUGGGCGGGUCCUGCUGUAGCUGAAGAUGGCUGCUCCGUGCUGGGAUCAGCAGGUCUGAAGGUGUCCGCGAUGUCCAGGGAGCAGGCGAGCAUCAGCGAGCUCCUGCUCUCACUGGACAGUUCAGAGCUGCAGGAGGCGGAGCGAGUGAGAGCCGCAGUCAACCAGCAGCUGAGUACAGACAAAGGGGGCGCUGUCCUCUCCUCCGUGGUGGAGUACUACCUGGACUCGUCAUCUUCUCAGGCCCUGCUCCUCCUCUCCUCCAUCAGGGAGCCGCAUCACAAAGUGCUACUGGAGAAGCUCAACGAGUCUGUGAGUCGAUCCGGGACCAGGCUGGGCGCCCUCACCCUGCUGGGUCACAUGAUCAGGAAACAGCUGCCGUGGGUUCAUCACAUCAGCCGCUCGCCGCUGCUGCUCUCACUGCUGCGCUGCCUCAAGACGGACAGCGAUGUGGUCGUGCUUAUCACGGGAGUCCUGGUCCUGGUCACUCUGUUACCCAUGAUUCCUCAGGCUGGGAAGCAGCACAUCAACGACUUCUUCGACGUGUUUGGGCGCCUUGCAUCCCGCAGCUGCAGAAACCCAGGUCAUGAGCCCGUGGCCCACCUGGUGCACCUCCAUGCCGGUACGUACUCGCUGUUCCACCGCCUGUAUGGGAUGUUCCCCUGUAGCUUCAUCUCCUACCUGCGGCUGCACUACAGCAUGAAGGAGAACCUGGACACCUUCCAGGAGGUGAUCAAGCCGAUGUUGGAACACGUCCGGGUUCACCCAGAGCUCAUUACAGGCACUCAGGACUACGAACUGGACCCGUCCAGGUGGAGGUGUUACGAAGUCCAUGACAUUGUGAUCGAGUGCUCCAGAGUGUCCCUGGAUCCUCUGGAGUCUUCGUGCGAGGAGGACGUUUACUGCUCGUCCUCCUCUUUGAUCACACCUCUCCCCCUGACUGUCCUCCCUCACCUGGACCUCACCUGCAGUCCUCCGGUCACAGAUGCUGUCAGCAGCUCAGGAAGUUCAGUCUGUCCUUCGGGAUCCAGAUGUGUGCCUCAGCUGAACCCGACCGCCACCUGCACGCAGCCUGACGACGUCACAUGGAGCCCCGCCAUACACUGUGGUUUGUCCACACCCCCUUCUGAACGCACUGCUUUAGGCUCCACCCACCCACUGAGCAGGAGCACCUCCAUCUCAGGUGAGAAAUUGCCUUCAUCAGCCUCCAUUCUUGAGGCUCCUCCCACUAAGGACCCCGACUGCAGCCAGGUGAGGACGGUCAAAGAUGGGGAGGGGUCAACCUGUCAGCCAAUCACUGAGGGGGAGGAGCGAGGCCUGAGUGACCUCGUUAACAACAACAGAGAAGAUGUUAAAGACGAGUCCCAGCAGCCUUUGCCCCGCCUCCUCACCUCCACCCCCACUCAGGCUUCAGGUGUCCCCCUGCCUCCCUCCUUCACCACUCCUCACCCCAGAUUUGAAGAGCCAGGCUCCGCCCUCUCGGACUACAGCCCCAGCUCUCCGUAUGACCCGCUGUUUGAGCUCGCUCUGCCCCGGGCGGCCAUGCUGUUCGUUGGGAAGACGACCCAGGAGGUGCUGGAGAAGAAGGGGGGAGGACCACAGAGGGAGAACAGAGAGGAGGAGGUGACCUCUGUCUCCCCUCUGAAGGUUUUGGACCAGCUGAUCGCCCGUGGAAACGACGCCCAUGAUUGCCUCAGCAGGAGGUUAUCAGCCGGGAGUAAGUCGGUGGAUCGGAGUCACUUUGGAGGUAAACAGCAGAGCAUGAAAAGCAAAGGCUCCACCCAGGAGGAGGAGCUUCAGUCUCUGACCAAUCAGCUGCUGCUCGUCCACGCUCAGCUCCAGUACGAGCGCUUCAAGCGGCAACAGCAUGCCGUCCGAAACCGCCGGCUGUUGCGGAGGGUCAUCAACACCACAGCGCUGGAGGAGCAGAGCGCUGCCAUGAAGUCUCAGCUCGGCGUUCAGGACGAGGAGAUCCGGAGUCUGAGGGCGAGUCUGGACGAGGAGCAGCGUCGAUACUCGGAGCUGCAGCGCGAGACACACACACGCAGCGAGCAGCUGCACACGCACAUCGCACAUCUGCUGCAGUUGCAACGAGAUGAGCAGAGAGAGAGCCAGAGACUGCAGGGUGAGCUGCAGGAGUGCCAGAGCGGACUGCAGGAUCUGGAGGCGGAGCUUCAGAAAGCCAAUUACAGGGCGUAUAAUGCUGAGCACCAGCUGACCCAGCUGUCACUCAAGCUGUGCAGCAGUGAGCAGCUGCAUCAACAGAUGUUCCUGCUGAACCAGCAGCUGGUCCUGCUCGGAGAGACCAACAAAGCUCUGCAGCAACAGCUGGAGGGUGGAGAGACACAGCGCUGCACGGAGGCGUCCAUGCUGCAGUGCAGCGUGGGUAAGGAGUUCCUGAGGCUGAAGGACAACGAUGUCCAGCAGAGACAGAAGCUGGAAGCAGCCAAUCACAGGAUCACUGAGCUGGAGAGCCAGCUGGCCAGGAAAGACCAGCUGAUCCUGAGCCAGAAAAAACUGCUGGAGGACACCAAGAACCAGAACAGGGCGGAGCUGUCGGCAUCGGAGAGCCGCUGUGCUGCUCUGAGGAGAGUUACUCAGGCGCUGCAGACCGAGAUGCUUCAGCUGUACGGUCAGAUCGCGGGAGGCGGGGCUCACCCAGACAGCGAGCCGCGGGACAUCAGCAGAUCCGACGGCGGAGGCUUACCUGAUGCUCAGGGAAGCCAAAAGUCCCUCCCCCCGUCUUCUUCUGCUGUUGGGAUCAUGAACGGAGCAGUGGAGGUCCUUUCCACCUCCCCCGUGUCCCUCUCACUCUCCCCCAUCGACUCCCCGCUGGCUGUCGGCUCCUUCCUGGAGCAACGAGCCCGACAGCUGUUCAGACCCACAGAUCAGAACCAGGAGGUGGAGGUCGGGGGGGAGGAGGAGGAGGAGGAGGAGGUGAAUAUCCAGCCAGCAAGCCCUCCACUCGGUCAGGAGGUGGAGGAGGCCACACUCCUUGUAGGAAGUCCUCAGACUGAGCCGCUGAGCCGAGCCACAGACCCCGUCGUGGCCCCCGUAGACCUGACACUCACCGUCCAACAGAGGAGACACGAACUGAGCAUCAUGGACUACGACGAGACACUGCCCGACAUCUGAGGGAGGAGGAGGUGGGCGGAGACCGCCAACGAGUUUGUUCACCUGUGUUCAGUUACCUGAAACUCAAUAGGGGGGGUCCUUGGGGCUCCGCCCUCACUCUGGAAAAGAGCAAUAAAGAUAAUAAUGAUAAGGCAAUAAGCAGGCUGAUCCAAGAUCAGCAAACUUUCAGUAACGAUUGUUAUUUAUUAGGGGAACUAAAUCUACAGCUAGCCUGGCUAGCAUCCACAAACAAAAAUGCCCUCUAAUAAGUAGCAUCCAAUCAAAAGGACAGUCGCUCCUAUCCAGUGCUGAUGGGAGUGGUCUGUUGGGCGGUCUGCUAGUGCCGCCAUAAUCUCAGCCAUAGUAGUAAUCCAUAGUUAUAAUAAAAGGAGUCAAGUUCAGGGACUCCAGUUAGCUGAGGUGAAGCCUCGCAGAUAGCUACCAGCUACAGCCGCCUGCGUCAGCCAAUUGUUGUGGAAGUUUUCCAUUAAAUAAAGCCUGCAGACGAGCGGUGAGCGGUAGCUAACAUUCUUUAAUCCAAACACACAAAGAACAGAAAACCAAGCUUGUGGAGAGCCUGCAUGACCGCGGGG